CGUUCGGACUGACGCAUGCGCACAGGCGACCGCACCCGGUUCGGCUCCUCUUUCUUGGCCAGAGGCGCCUAUUGGACAGGAGCGGGCGUGAUGGUGGUGGGUACGGGGACCUCGCUGGCGCUGUCCUCCCUCCUGUCCCUGCUGCUCUUCGCUGGGAUGCAGAUGUACAGCCGCCAGUUGGCCUCCACCGAGUGGCUCACCAUCCAGGGAGGCCUGCUUGGCUCCGGCCUUUUCGUCUUCUCGCUCACAGCCUUCAAUAAUCUGGAGAAUCUUGUCUUUGGCAAAGGGUUCCAAGCGAAGAUCUUCCCAGAGAUUCUUCUCUGCCUCUUGUUGGCUCUUUUUGCAUCUGGCCUCAUCCAUCGAGUCUGCGUCACCACCUGCUUCAUCUUCUCCAUGGUCGGUCUGUACUACAUCAACAAGAUCUCCUCCACGCUGUACCAGGCAACAGCUCCAGUCCUCACCCCAGCCAAGGUCACGGGCAAGGGCAAAAAGAGAAACUGACCCUGGAUGUCCAAUAAAGUUGAUUCUUCGUA